AUGGCUCCCUCAAAGAGACUUUCCAAUUCAACAAGAAUUCAUUCUUCAAAAAACCAGUUUUCAAUUGCUUCUAUAAAUAACAACAAACUUAACGAUCUUACUAAAUCUGGUUUCACUGCUUUUAGCAAUCUGAAUACUACUACUACUACUAAUAACAAUAACAAUAACAAUAACAAUAAUAACAAUAAAAAUUUAUCCAGGUUUGACGAAAAUUUGUUGUGUUCAAACAUAAGAAUAACACGAUUGAAAUCAAACCAAUUACUAAACAAAAAUAGAAAGAAAAGAUCAAUACUAACAGACAUAUCUUUAAACCCGACUUCAAAUACCAUCAUAUCAAAUAAUAAAAAUAAUGACAUUAUCAUUGACAUUAAUGAAUACCAUAAUACUGAAAAUAAUAACAUUAUAGAAAACAAUAACGACUUUAAUAAUGACCAUAAUAAUGACUAUAAUAAUAACAAUAACAACAAUACCCUUGAUGUCAUAAAUACAUCCAAUAUCUCCACCUCUUCCAUCGUAAAAUCAACUUCCAUAUCUUCUAUAAAUACUCAAUUCCAAUCAAAACUACAAAUUAAAAAAGACCACUUAUCCUUAUUUAAAUCCUCUUUCUCUCUAAUCUCAAACACUUCUUUUAUAAAUGACAUAAAUAAUAUAAGAGAAAAUAAUCUUUCGCUAAACUAUAAAUGGGACGAUUUAGAUGCUGACGACUAUGACGACCCACUGAUGGUCAACGAAUAUGUUAAAGAUAUCUUCGACUAUCUAUACCAACUCGAAUUGAAAAAUUUACCCUCAAAUAAUUACCUAAUUCUUCAAUCCAAUUUAAAACCAAAAAUGAGAUCAAUCGUAGUAGACUGGAUGGUUCAAAUCCAUCUCAAGCUAAGAUUACUCCCAGAAACACUAUUCAUAUCAAUCAACCUAAUGGACAGAUUCUUGUCUCUACAAAAAAUUAUAAUCAAAAAAUUCCCCCUACUAGCUGCCACCUGUUUAUUCAUCUCCGCCAAAUACCAAGAAAUUUAUAUUCCUUCAAUAAAACAUUUUGCUAAUGAACUAAAUGCCUUCACAAUCACUGACAUAAUUCAAGCCGAAAAAAUCAUCCUACAAACUUUAAGUUUUAACAUGUCCUAUACAAACCCCUUGGAAUUUCUACGAAGAAUAUCAAAAGCUGAUGAUUACGAUAUUCAAUCAAGAACUCUAGCUAAAUACCUACUAGAAAUAUCAAUAAUAGAUUAUAAAUUCAUAGGAAUUAGACCCUCUAUCUGUGCUGCCGCUUCCAUGUUUAUAGCAAGAAAAAUACUAGGUAAAAAUGACUGGAAUAAUAACUUGGUUUAUUAUUCUGGUGGUUAUACUAAAAAUGACCUAUCAAAAGUAUCUUCAAUGAUUAUAGAUUACUUAAUAUCCCCAAUAAUUCAUGAGGGCUUUUUCAAAAAAUAUUCCUCAAAAAGAUUCUUAAAAGCUUCUAUAAUUUCAAGACAUUGGGCAAAACAAUUCAUUUUGCAAGGUAAUUCAUUAAUGGAUUAA